UCCACUCGCCCGUUGCCCCAUCGCCGUCACUGGAUCGGCAGCAGAUUGCCUCCUUCCUCUCGUCUCGCUCUGUUCGCAGCUACGAGUUUCUCCUCUCUCUACAGCUCAAAAAGAUUCGAAAAGGAGAAGAAGACACAGCAGAGCGGGAGAGGGAAAGGUACAGACGUUCGCCCAGAUCUGAUGCGGCCAUGAACCUUCGCCAGCGCCCCACCCGGACCGGCCCGGGCGCCGUCUAUGGCCCCGGCCCGACGGCGCCGCCUCGCAACAUGGUUGGACCGCCCGGUGCCGGCGGCCCGGGGGAGGAUGUCUACAACAUCAUCCCCAUCCACAACCUCCUCGCCGACCACCCCUGCCUCCGCUUCCCCGAGGUUCGCGCCGCCAUGGAUGCCCUCCGCGACAUGGUCGGGAUCCCGACGCCGCUCUUCGUCCCUUGGCAUUCCGGUCUCGACCUCCUCGACUGGCUUGGUAUCUCCUUCGGCUUCCAGCGAGACAACGUCCGCAACCAGCGGGAACACCUCGUCCUCCUCCUCGCCAACGCGCAGAUGCGCCUCCAGCCCCCGCCGGACAACGCGGACGUCCUCGUCCCCUCCGUCGUCCGCCACGUCCGCAAGAAGCUCCUCCACAACUACACCACCUGGUGCGCCUUUCUCGGCCGCAAGCCCCACGUAUCUCUCCCCGACUCCGGCCUCCGCCGCGCCAGUCCGGACCCCCGCCGCGAGCUCCUCUACGUUUCCCUCUACCUCCUCGUCUGGGGCGAGGCCGCCAACCUCCGCUUCCUCCCCGAGUGCCUCUCCUACAUCUUCCACAACAUGGCCAUGGACCUCAACCGCGUCCUCGAGGGCUACAUUGACGACGCCACGGGGCAGCGCGCCCUACCAGUCACCUCCGGCGAGAACGGCUUUCUCACCCGCGUCGUCACCCCGAUCUACCUGACCAUCCAGGGCGAGGUCGAGGCCAGCCGCAAUGGCACCGCCCCCAACUCGGCCUGGCGCAACUAUGACGACAUCAACGAGUACUUCUGGAGCAACCACUGCUUCGAGCGCCUCCGCUGGCCCCUUGACCGGUCCAAGGACUUCUUCCUGACGCCGCCCAACAAGAACCGCAUUGGGAAGACGGGCUUCGUGGAGCAGCGCUCCUUUUGGAACCUCUUCCGCAGCUUCGACCGCUUGUGGGUCAUGCUCAUUCUCUUCCUACAGGCGGCCAUCAUCGUGGCAUGGCGUGGGGAGACAUACCCGUGGCAGAAUCUCCAGACCCGCGAUGACCAGGUCCGGGUCUUGACCAUCUUCAUCACCUGGGCUGGCCUCCGGUUGCUCCAGUCCAUCCUUGACGCCGGCACCCAGUACAGCCUCGUGUCAUCCGAGACCAAGCUGCUCGGGGUUCGCAUGGUGCUCAAGAGCCUCGUCGCCAUCACGUGGACGGUUGCAUUCUCGGUUCUCUACUCCCAGAUAUGGGAGCAGAGGAACCGUGACAGGCGGUGGUCACAGGCCGCAAACCAGCAGCUGGUGAACUUUCUCGAGGCGGCUGCUGUAUUCAUCCUCCCAGAGCUGCUCGCCAUCAUCCUCUUCAUCCUGCCCUGGCUCCGGAACUUCCUCGAGAAGACCAAUUGGAGAAUCUUCUACAUGCUCACUUGGUGGUUCCAGAGCCGAAUAUUCAUCGGUAGAGGGCUCAGGGAGGGCUUGUUGGACAACCUCAAGUAUGCCAUCUUCUGGAUUGCACUCCUUUCUGCCAAGUUCUCCUUCAGUUACUUCCUCCAGAUCAAGCCGAUGGUUGCCCCUACCAAGGCUAUGCUCGAACUUCGAAACAUUGAGUAUGAGUGGCAUGAGUUCUUUUCUCGCACCAACAGGUUCGGCGUGGUUAUCUUGUGGCUUCCUGUCAUCCUGAUCUAUCUGAUGGAUAUCCAGAUUUGGUACUCAAUCUUCUCUUCAUUUGUUGGCGCACUAGUGGGCCUGUUCUCGCACCUGGGUGAGAUUCGUGAUGUCCAGCAGUUGAGACUGAGGUUCCAGUUCUUUGCUAGUGCAAUGAAGUUCAAUCUGAUGCCAGAGGAGCAACCAACCGAGGAACAUGACUCACUGAGGAGUAAAUUCAGAGAUGCUGUCAACCGGCUAAAGCUGAGGUAUGGCUUGGGGCGCCCAUACAAGAAGAUUGAAUCGAAUGAGGUUGGUCCCAGCAGGUUUGCAUUGAUAUGGAAUGAGAUAAUUCAAACGUUCAGGGAGGAGGAUAUUUUAAGUGACCGUGAAGUAGAGCUUCUUGAGCUGCCACCCUAUACAUGGAAGAUCCGGGUGAUUAGGUGGCCAUGCAUUUUACUCUGCAAUGAGCUGUUGCUUGCUCUCAGCCUGGUAAACGAAUACAAGGCUAAUGACAGAAAACACUGGAGAAUGAUUUGCAAGAAUGAAUACAGGCGAUGUGCAAUAAUUGAGGUAUAUGACAGCAUCAAGUCCUUGCUUCUGGAUAUCAUCAAUAAAGGAACCGAAGAGCAUUCCAUUGUUGCCCGGGUAUAUGAGGAGUUUGAUAAUUGGAUUCGGGUGGAGAAGUUUUCGGUGGAAUAUAAUAUGUUCAUUCUGCAGAGUAUAUAUGAUAAACUGGUUAUCCUCCUGGGUACAUUGGUCAAGCCAAACAAGGACAGGAACAAAGUGGUCCACACAUUGCAGACCCUCUAUGACAUAGUUACCCGUGACUUCCCCAAUAACAAGAAGAGCAUCAAGCAACUUAAAGAAGCAGGGUUGGCACCGAGGGGAUCAAGUGAUCUGCUCUUUGAGAAUGCCAUUGAAUUGCCCAAUGCAGACAAUGAGAACUUCUACAGGCAGGUAAGACGGCUACACACAAUUCUUACAUCGAAAGAUUCAAUGAACAGUGUACCGAAAAAUCUGGAGGCCCGAAGGCGUAUUGCUUUCUUCAGCAACUCAUUGUUCAUGAACAUGCCCAGAGCUCCCAAGGUGGAAAAGAUGAGGGCCUUUAGUGUCUUGACUCCAUAUUACAAUGAGGAAGUUCUGUACAGCAAGGAGCAGCUUCACUCUGAGAAUGAAGAUGGCAUCUCUAUCAUAUUCUAUCUGCAGAAGAUUUAUGAAGAUGACUGGGCAAACUUUUUGGAACGUAUGCAUAGAGAAGGCAUGGUUGAUGAGGAAGAGCUAUGGAACAAAAGGUCGAGAGAUCUUCGCCUUUGGGCCUCAUAUAGGGGUCAGACACUGUCACGCACGGUGAGAGGAAUGAUGUACUAUUACAGGGCUCUCAAAAUGCUUACCUUUCUUGAUAAUGCUUCCGAGAUUGACAUCAGCGAUGGUUCAAGGGAGCUAGCUUCUGUUGGUUUGUCAAGGAGACGAAUAAAUGAUAUAGAUGGCUUGGAAGAUGGGGGCAAGUCACUAUCACGAGACCAUAACAGAGCUAGCAGUGGUAUCAGCUUGUUGUUUAAAGGCCAUGAACAUGGGACUGCCAUGAUGAAGUACACUUAUGUGCUGGCCUGCCAGAUUUAUGGAAACCAGAAAGCCAAGAAUGAUGCACGUGCCAGUGAUAUUUUGUAUCUAAUGAAGAACAAUGAAGCCCUUCGUGUGGCUUAUGUUGAUGAAAAGAAGUCCGGGAGGGAUGAAGUGGAAUAUUACUCUGUUCUUGUGAGAUAUGAUCAGCAACUGGAGAAAGAGGUAGAGAUAUACCGGGUCCGUUUGCCAGGGCCACUGAAGCUUGGAGAAGGCAAACCAGAGAACCAGAACCAUGCCCUCAUCUUCACAAGGGGUGAUGCAGUGCAGACGAUUGACAUGAAUCAAGACAAUUAUUUUGAAGAGGCCCUCAAAAUGCGCAACCUGUUAGAGGAGUACUCCUAUAAUUAUGGUGCUCGAAAACCAACAAUCUUGGGAGUUCGUGAACAUGUUUUUACUGGUUCAGUGUCCUCCCUCGCAUGGUUCAUGUCUGCACAGGAGACAAGCUUUGUCACACUUGGACAACGGGUUUUGGCGAAUCCUUUGAAGGUCCGAAUGCACUAUGGCCAUCCUGAUGUCUUUGAUCGCCUUUGGUUUCUGAGCCGAGGUGGCAUUAGUAAGGCAUCCAGAGUCAUCAAUAUCAGUGAGGACAUAUUUGCAGGCUUUAAUUGCACGCUUCGUGGUGGCAAUGUCACCCACCAUGAAUACAUCCAGGUGGGGAAAGGACGGGAUGUAGGCCUGAAUCAGAUAUCUAUGUUUGAAGCCAAGGUUGCUAGUGGCAAUGGUGAACAGACCUUAAGCAGAGAUGUUUAUAGGUUGGGUCAUAGGUUGGAUUUCUUCCGAAUGCUCUCCUUCUUUUACACAACUGUGGGCUUCUACUUUAACACCAUGAUGGUGGUGCUGACUGUAUAUGCAUAUAUUUGGGGACAUGUUUAUCUGGCACUUAGUGGUCUAGAAAGUUCCAUCAAAAACAUUGCUGACUCUACUGACAAUGCAGCUCUGGGUACUGUUAUCAACCAGCAGUUCAUUAUCCAGCUUGGCCUUUUCACUGCCUUGCCAAUGGUUAUUGAAAACUCUAUUGAGCAUGGCUUUCUUCCUGCAAUUUGGGAUUUCUUGACAAUGCAGCUCCAGCUUGCAUCGAUGUUCUAUACCUUCUCCUUGGGAACUAAGGCCCAUUAUUAUGGGCGCACAAUCCUCCAUGGCGGUGCAAAAUAUAGGCCAACAGGACGUGGUUUUGUGGUUGAACACAAGAAAUUUGCAGAGAAUUAUAGACUUUUUUCACGUAGCCACUUCAUAAAAGCAAUAGAGAUUGGCGUGAUAUUGACUGUAUAUGCUUCCUACAGUCCUCUUGCGAAGAAUACUUUUGUUUACAUAGUAAUGACAAUCUCUAGCUGGUUUCUGGUGGUAUCAUGGAUCUUGGCUCCCUUUGCAUUCAACCCAUCUGGUUUUGAUUGGUUAAAAACUGUCUAUGACUUUGAUGAUUUCAUGACCUGGAUUUGGUAUCCUAGUUAUAUUUCUGCUACAUCUGACCUGUCCUGGGAGAAAUGGUGGAAUGAAGAAACUGAUCAUCUUCGGACAACUGGCCUCUGGGGAAAGCUAUUGGAGAUCAUAUUAGAUCUCCGGUAUUUCUUAUUCCAAUAUGGGAUUGUGUACCAGCUAAAAAUUGCUGAUGGGAGCCACAGUGUUGCUGUGUACCUACUUUCUUGGAUAUGUAUUGUUGCAGCUGUAGGGAUUUUUGUCUAUGUGAAUUAUGCUCGAGACAAGUAUGCUGCAAAGGAACACAUAACAUAUCGAGCCAUCCAGUCCUUCAUAAUAAUCUUCGUGAUAUUUGUGACCGUUCUAUUACUGGAGGUUACUUCCUUUGAGAUUGUUGAUAUCUUUACAAGCCUGUUGGCAUUUAUUCCAACUGGUUGGGGUUUAAUUUCGAUUGCUCAAGUGAUCAAACCAUUCAUUGAAUCCACUGUGCUAUGGGAAACUGUGGUUGCCGUGGCUCGGCUCUAUGACAUAAUGUUUGGAUUGGUUGUAAUGGCUCCAGUGGCAUUUUUGUCCUGGAUGCCUGGGUUCCAGGAAAUGCAGACAAGGAUUCUCUUCAAUGAAGCAUUCAGUCGAGGUCUCCAGAUAUCGCGUAUUCUCACUGGGAAAAAAUCUGAAACCAUUUAGAGGUAUGUCUUUCAUAUAAUUCAUCAUGUUA